CGAAACGGCUUCUUCAUCAAAUCAUUCAUCCUCAUCCUCAGACUUUGGUUCUUGUUUCUCGAAGAUGAACGACGCCGAUGCUUCCAUCCAGAUCCAGCAGAUGGUUAGGUUUAUCCGCCAGGAAGCCGAAGAAAAGGCUAACGAGAUCUCCAUCUCCUCUGAAGAAGAAUUCAACAUUGAGAAAUUGCAGCUUGUUGAAGCAGAGAAGAAGAAGAUUAGACAAGAGUAUGAGAAGAAGGAGAAACAGGUCGAUGUCAGAAAGAAGAUUGAUUACUCAAUGCAACUGAACGCAUCGAGGAUCAAAGUUCUACAAGCGCAAGAUGACAUUGUCAAUGCAAUGAAAGAAGAGGCAGCUAAGCAACUCUUGAAAGUUAGCCAACAUGGCUUUUUCAAUCAUCAUCACCAUCAGUAUAAGCAUCUCUUGAAAGAUCUCAUUGUUCAGUGUUUGCUUAGAUUGAAAGAGCCUGCAGUGUUACUCCGUUGUCGUGAAGAAGAUCUUGACAUUGUUGAGUCUAUGCUGGAUGAUGCUAGUGAAGAAUAUUGCAAGAAAGCAAAGGUUCAUGCUCCUGAGAUUAUUGUAGACAAGGACAUUUUCCUUCCUCCUGCUCCUUCAGAUGAUGAUCCUCAUGCUCUUUCCUGUGCAGGAGGAGUGGUUUUGGCUUCUCGUGAUGGGAAAAUCGUGUGUGAAAACACGCUUGAUGCGAGGUUGGAGGUUGCCUUCCGCAAUAAACUUCCAGAGGUUAAAUUAAAAUCCCCAUUUGCUCUCUUAAAUUUGUAGUACCAUGUUCCUAAGCUUAUACCUUCUUAUUGGUUUCAAAACUCUUGAAACCUCAUUUGUCUUGUCCUAAGUAUUUUUAGUUUUGUUCUAAAGGAUCUUUUCUUGAAAUGUGUGUAGAUCCGAAAGUCGCUCUUCGGCAAGGUUGGUGCAGCUUGAUGAGUGACUCCAACUUUAUAACCAAGGAAAGUUUGUGGCUCCAUUUAUCCAUUUCUUUCUAUUGUCACCAUUUUUUCUAAAUUAUGUGUAAUUUGUUGAUGGGCAUUGGUCUUUUGUUGUUAAUUGAUAUAAAUAUUUGUUUGGUUUGGUGGUGUAUUGAUAAUGAUAAGAGUAAGUUGCUCAUCAUCUUGUCAACUUUUUAUCCUAACUUUGUCACACUUUUUGUUACCUAAGAUUUAGAACUUCUCCUUCG